CUUGUUAUUGUUGCGCAAACUAUGUAUUCUUCUCGAAAUAAGUCAUAAAAAUUCACAUUUCGGCCAAAUAAAUAAUAAAAGGUGCUACAGCUGCAAAAACAGCAAAUGCAGUUAUAACAGUUCGAAGUUCAAUGCCUGCUUCCCUGUGCUUCCGCUGCCUCAAAAUGGGUUGCUCUAGAACACGAUUAACAGCAGCUUUUCCAGCCAGGCAUUUGGCGGACAAAAAGGAACCAGAACCAGAUAUAAAGAUUCCUCCGGAACCCACCACCUGUUGUAUGUCUGGAUGCGCCAACUGUGUCUGGGUCAAAUACGCCGAGACUCUGGCUAAAAUACUGGGUGAUAAUGACGAAAAAGCACGUGAAAUCGUGCUAUCCAAGAUUACGGAUUCUAAUUUAAAAAUGUUCUUGAGCGUCGAACUGCGAAACUUGAAGUUAAUCCGAGAACAAAAAGCAGCAGCAGCAGCAAAAGAAAAACUAAAGGAAGCACCGAAAUAGUUCAAAUUCUAGCACAAAAUUUUAAGUUAAUAGUUGAUAUAUAAUUCAGAUCGAAUUAAAUCUGAGUAUUUCAUCUAACUGAUAAUUUAUUUCAUAUUACGUUCGUUCAUUAUUUAUAGAAACUAAGGUUUCUCAUGUUAAGCUAUUACAAAUUUAUGUAAAUUAUAGCUACUA